UUGACACAAGCCGAUUCUGCGCGAAACACUAGCGAAGUUAUUUUCGAACCUAUAUUUAUAAAUUGUAUAUGAAAAAUUACAUUGCAGGUAAAAUGCCGCAUUGCGAUGCACGCUGUAACAAACACGCGAUAUUUCUAUAACAAACAACACGGUUUAUUAAUUAAAUUAAACCAAUGAACAGCUGAGCGAAGAUUACCAUUUUCAAUUAUUUUUUUAAAUUCUAUAAUUAGUCUAUUAAAUAGGUCGUAAGUGAUAACCGGAAGUAGUUUGUGUUCUAUAUAGUUUUAAAAUUAAAAAUGGCGGUUCAAAAUAAAGUUUUGUAUGCAUUCCGUGGUUGGAUCGCGUUUGUUGCAUUUAUGGAUCUUGGAACAACGGGACGGUCUUAUAUCGAAAGGAGGUCGUUUCUAAGCAACGCCGGCGAUGAACAUCUAGACGGAGACUUCACGAUAUCAAGGAUGCUGGGCAUGUAUUCGCUGCUCAAGGCGUUAGCGCUAAUACAUUGUACAUUAUACAUACAUUAUAGACCUGUGGUGUCCAUGGGCUAUUGGUCUUUGACUCUGACCAUCAUUUUAUACUUCUCUGAGGCAUUCUACUUCCAUUCCACGGACCUCAACUUCUAUGUGGUGUUCCCUUGUGUUUUGAACAUAAUAACCCUAAUAGGUUUAAUAUACCUACCAACAAAAUUGAAGCUCUUCGGCCAAAUACCUGGCACAUCAGGCAUGGAUCGAGAGGUUGACGACGAAAACACACAGAUACUGCGCAGUAUGGGCAACUUUAGACGACGGAAACCUGGCAACACUGUUAAGAAUAAACACGUUUGAUAGGGCAACACUGGUUUUUGAAGAUGACUUGAAAAGCACCGCUUUAGCCCUUAGUUUUUUUUUUGGAGAUUUAGAGGUAAGAGCAGUAUCUUGUAGGUCCCUUAGUACGAGUUUGUUGAACGAGAUCGAAAUGAGAAUGCGUUCAGCGCUCUGAUUGGUUGGUUUAUUCGCAACGUCCAAUCAGAGCACCGAACGCGCCCUCGUUUCGAUUACUUUAAAUGAAAAGUAAAUUCAUACUAAGGGUACAGUAUAUUGUAACCAGGGCCCUUAGUACGAGUUUGCUUUACGUUUAACAAAAUUGAAACGAGGCCGCAUUCGGCGCUCUGUACCUUUAGUACGAGUUUGUUUUACGUUUAACGAGAUCGAAUCGAGAUUGAGCCGGCCAAUCAGAACGCGAAACACGCUCUCGUUUCGAUUUUGUUAAACGUGAAGCAAAUUCAUACUAAGGGUAUUGUACCCUAAGUACGAUUCUGUUGAAGAACGAAAACGAAACGAGAUCACGUUUGAUGCUCUGAUUGGCCAGCGCGUAUGAACUAACCAAUGAAAGCGUCGAAUACGCUCUCAUUUCGAUCUAGUGAAAAGUAAAGCAAACUCGUUCUUAAGCCCCUGAUUGGUUGUUAAAUUAAAUUUCAAGUUCAUUUUUGUUCACAAAAGUUUGCAAUAAAUGGAAUUGUAGUAAGAAAUCUGCGAAGUUUCGGACAAAACUUAGUUUUUCGUUGAAUUAGAGUAGGUCUCCAGGUUACAGAGAAGCGCGUGCUUAACUGCCCUUACCCGACUCCUUGCAUGAGCGAUCUAGACGCGAACGUGAAGCGGUGCGGUGAUACGCGAAUUCAACGCGAUGCGGUGUGACUAGAGUUGUCAGACAGCCGGAAUUUUGUGUACUCUCCCGUGUCCAGUAAUUUUAUUUUGCUGUCCCGGAAUGAAAAAUUACCAGUUUUUUCACAAAAAUACAAUACUAUAAAAGUUGUAACGUGCUCGCAAGUCGCGCUGCGUGAGUUGAGGGGCGGGAAGGGUGAGCUGCUCGCUUCGUUUCCCUUUUUUCAUCAACUGAUAUUUCUAGGUGCCUAGUUAAUUCUUCCUUUUAUCUCGGAUAGGACAUCAAAACUCAGAUUCCGUUAGUGUCCCUAGAAACGUCCAGGAAAUGAUGAGUCUGCAUCUGGCAAUCCUAGGUGUGACCAAGCCACGUGCGGUUAGGUUAGUUAUCGCGCGAACUGGACGCGGUGACGUCACGUGUUUGUUUAUAAUGUCGGAAACAGAAACAAAACGAAACGAUUCACAUGCACGUAGGACAUAGCCGCCGUCACACCGCAUCGCGUUGGAUUCGCGUGUCACCGCACCGCUUCGCGUUCGCUUCUAGAUCGCUCACGCAAGGCUUCGCGUUAGGGAUACUACGCUUAUACUACGUCUCUAAUAGUCAAAUACUCAAACGCUACUCAAUUUUAAGACGCUCUCAAAUGUAGUUCUGUCCCUACAAAUUCUUUGUAUAUGACAGAGAUAGCACGAGAUUUAAGUACAACUUAAAUUUGAGUAGCAUUUCAGUAUUCGGGUGUAAGCGUGAUGAUGGUAUGAUUAGUAAAAGCAAUAUUACAGUGGCUUUCAAAUACUCAAAGCUUUAAAUAUUACAUAUACAAGUACAUACAAUGUUUACCCGACUACCCAAAGAAGGGUAACGCUUUAUCAAGCUGAUUAAUAACAUAGAUAGCCAAGUUAUUUAGUAUGCAGGUAAGAAAAUAAAGAUUCAGUACAGAGAUAGUAACCAUUUCUUUUUUUUGUAUGUAAACGUUGCCUCACAUUUUAGGAACAGACUUUGACUUUGAAAUGCAUAAUUAUAAGAACACUUUUAGGGGGGUAGAAAGCCCGGAGCUGCGGACAACGUAAAUGGUUACCGGGGCUCCGGCUCAAAUCAGGAGAAGGAACGGGGUGGUUUUAAGUCAGUAAGAGUCUGACACUCCCUCUCGCCUCACCCAAGGCGGGAGAAGUCAUUGGAUGAUUUUCCCCCCUCAAAAAAGGGGGGGAAGUGGAAAAAUCCACAUUACACCCCGUUUUAAAGUUUAAAAAUGCCGCGUUUAACGAAAAAUUAAAUACACGUGAUAUUUUAUAAAGACCCCCGUCUCCUCUCGUGAUUUUUUGUCGAACCCCCUUCCCCUAAUUGACGGCACCUUACCUUCAUACUAAAUAACUUGGCUUAUGAUACCUUUUUGGAGAUAAAAGGUGUGAUGUUAAGUUGAAUAGUCAUUAAUGAAGAAAUAUUGGUAAGUUUUAGAAUAUAACUUAAAUGAGGAUUUCCUAACUCUUGCCUUUAAAAUCUAAGAAACUAUUUUAAUUAAGGAAAGGACUACUAAUGUAAUCGUCCAGAGGUGCGCAUCGUACGCAUCGCACGCAACGGAUUUUAGUUUGUCUUGUUUAGAAACUCAUACAACUGCGUCCACUGAUCCGCAUCGUACGGACCGCAUCAUCGGCAAUGUCUACAUGCGAUGCGUACUGAUGACGUCAUACGGAAUGCCGAUGCCAUAAAUCCGAGUGUAAGUGACAUCAUCAAUCCGAUUGCUGAUACUCGCGCGGCAAUCCGAACGUUGCCGAUACAGUGGACGUCUGAAUAAUUUGUCGGUUUGAUGCGAUCCGUUCAAUGCGUGCGAUUCGUACGAUGCGGGCCUUACGCUAUCCUUAAAUCGUACAUAUUUUAUAACGUCAAUGCAAAAAGGUGGUAAGCGAGCUGCCAGCGCGCUUGCAGCUAGGGUUGGAGAUCUUUAUAUUAUAUAAAAGGUUCAGGUUUAUCAGAGAGUGCUGCUGUACGGUCUCUGUCAAAUGUAAAGGUCUGAAGUCUAUUAGAGAAUGCCCUGACAAAUGUCAAUGGGUAUGGUAUACCCGCGGUAGAGUACGGGUGUUCACAUCUAUUAAUUUAGUAAAAUAAUGUCCUUUCACUAAUAUUAUAGUUUCUUACGCGACGUUCUGCGUGAGCGUUCUAGAGGCGAAGGCGAUGCGGUGCGGCGCGGCGCGAAUACAACGAACUGUCAUAAUGUAUUGACGUGGCCUACGUGACCAAUAGGACGUAGGAUGCGGUGCGGCGAUAUAACGCGAUCAAUUGAUAUUAGUAUCCUCAGUCAAAAAUAAAUUAUUACAACUUUUCAAUACAAUAAAAUAUUCAAAAAUAAUCACACUUUCAUUCAUAAAUUUGUUGAACUACUUAAUUUUUGGUUUUUUUCUAGUUAAAUUUCUAGAAAUAAGUCUGCUAUUUGACGUAAAAAUCUGAUGACGUCAUAAUAGAGUAUUUCAUACAAUGAAAGUUCAUAGAAUAAUAAAUCGUUUUUGACGUUUCGAAAAAAGUAUUGAAUUUGACUAGUAAAAAACUAGCCUAUUGUGUAGAUAUUGUCGCGCGAACUGGACGCGGUGCCGUCACGUGUUUGUUUAUAAUGUCGGAAACAGAAACAAAACGAAACGAUUCACAUGCACGUAGGACAUAGCCGCCGUCACACCGCAUCGCGUUGGAUUCGCGUGUCACCGCACCGCUUCGCGUUCGCUUCUAGAUCGCUUACGCAGGACGUCGCGUCAACCACUUGCACGAAUGCUUCAAAUUUAAAAAGAUCUGACUUAAAAGUAAAGCUAUUUAGAUAUAAGCACAGCCUGUCUUCUAUAUAAGUAGAUUUUGUACUAAAAUAAAAAAAAUAUUUAGUCUAAGUUCAAUAGGGAUGAUGACGGGGUAUGAAAAUUAAAAAUCUAUUUAGUCCGUCAGUUAGGUAAUGAAGAAAUAUUAGACACGUAUGCACAGACGUAUGUUUCUAUUUUGUCGUAUAAGAUAACAAUGCUUGGGUGAAACGAAUCAAAGUUUAGGAGUGGAGUUUAGGAGCUAAUAUGUCAUUUCUAUGUACCUAUAAACUGUACCUACCUAGAAGUGACGUCACGCGGUGUUUCAAAUCGAUAUAUCUUCGAAAGUAUUUGUUUCCGUAAGAAAAUAAAAAAAAUAGGUGUCUAAUAUUUUUUCAUUACCUAACUGACGGACUAAAUUGAUUUUUAAUUUUCAUACUCUCUCUACUAUCCUAUUGUGACCGUUUGGGACGUUUGGUAUAACAGCAACUAAUUAGUCGCGGAUUCAAUUCCCAGAUCGGACAGUUACAUUAGAGCAGCGUAUAGUGCCAAUAGAUCAGAGGAUAGAGGUAAGGAGUACGCUAUUAUACAUUCUGUUUUAACAAAAGUUUCUCUUGGUAAGUAAGCGAAAAAUGGUUGUGUGCAAUUACCUGAGGGAAAUCUCCUCCCCUUCAAGGGCUGAGAAUACAGCUGUGUUUUCGGCACGCGUCCACAGGCCCGCAUCGCACGCAACGGAUUUUAGUUUGUCUUGUAUAGAAACUCAUACAACUGCGUCCACUGAUCCGCAUCGUACGGACCGCAUCAUCGGCAAUGCCUACAUGCGAUGCGUACUGAUCACGUCAUACGGAAUGCGUACGAUGCGGGCCUGUGGACGCUUUCCUUUAAACGCUACUCCUAACCUCUAUACGACAUAGCCAAUACAUACCCUACCUAUAUAAAAAUAAAGCAUAUAAUAUAUAAUUUUAUAUACUAGCUUUACAAGACACGUUUUAUACUGUAUAGCUUACAGAAAUGUUACAUAGUUUAGCUGAAGCACCUGUGUGGUAAGUUUACUAUUUAUGUAUCGAGUUUGGUUCAAAUAAAUUACUGAUUUUAAUAUAAAAUCUGUGAAUCCAAAGUCAAGCCGUGGUAGAGCCAUGUUUAUCAUGAGUUGCAUUUAGUAGCAUUGCACUGAUUAAUAUGAGCCUCUAGCAUGGCUUGAAGGUUGAAACUGGUCGAGUUUCUCGACAAACAGUUACGUGAGUAAGCCGAUAACAUUAUAAUUAAUUUUAUUAUAACUAUUGUGAGACAUGCUAAUAAAUUAACUAAAAAUCGCGGUGUAUUCGCGUACAUUAAUGGAGAAAUGCUCUACUAGUUUCGAGUCACAGAGGGACUCUUCAUGAGCAGCGUGCGCUGACGCAACGACGCGUAGCCUACUGACUGUGACUCGAAAUUAGUAGAGCUUUUCUCGUUUUUAAAUUACGUGAGUUAACCGUGAUUUUUAGUUAACAUAAUAAUUAAUUUAGUAUGUCUCACGAAAAUUAUAAUAUAGUCUAUAGUUUCCUACCACUGUUUGCUCCCACGGGGUUUGAAAGCGUGAUGUUACUUUAAAAUAAGUUUUUUUUAUUAAGCUAAGUAUCCACACGAUAAUGUGCUUUGUAGGCAAUAGAUUUUUAAUUAUGUACUUAAUAAUAAUAUUUUUUUGAAAUGUAUAUUUUGGAAAUACAUACUAUAUUAUAUCUGGUGAAUAAUUUGGUAAGACCUUUGUAUACCCCUUAGUAGCAACAAUAGUGAUGUUUUUUAAGUCUUUUUACAAGGGCUACUUUUUUACAAGUUUUUUUUUUACAAGAAAAUAAUGUUAUUUAUUUUUCUCUUUUGACUCUUGACGAGAGAUGCAAGUUGUACUGUGAUUCUUUAUUUAUUUUUAUGUAAUUUCUAGUCAAAAUUUUAUUUAAUAAUUAAUUUAUUUAAACACAUAGAAAACUAACCGCUGUGCAAUUUGAAUAAAUAAUGUGACAAAAAGCCAUUUAUAGGUUUUGAGAAUAGCAGUAUAAAAUAUAAAAACAUUAGCGACUGACGACGUCAAUUUUCUUUGCUAUAAACCUCACGGAGUCCGAGAACUUUCCAAUGAAUGCAAAACCGGGGAAAUCGGUUCGUGCGUUCUGGAGUUAUAUAAAGCGUAAGGAAGGAAAAUCCGACUUAUUUUUAUAUUAUAGAUUAAAGUUACUAAUAAUAGUUGUAUUUCCAAAAUAUAUAAAACUACUACUACCUAUACAAACUUAGAAGGACCACAUCAACCAGUGCCAUAUCAUUAUAUAGAUUGUUACAUUUAAUUAUAAUACACGGUUUGAAAAAUUAAUGCUAA